AUGGAGAGCAACAGCAACCCCCAACAAUCUCAGCGUGGCAAUGCCCUAAUGCCAACAGGCCCAUGUAACCCGCAGGUCGUGGCCCAGCUCUUUUCCGCGCUGCAAUCAUUCUACGCGCAGUGCAGAGCACCUAUCACUCCCUCACCGAACAUCGUUGAGGUGUCACAAGAUUGCAUACCAGACACCCCCCCCAGCCAGCAGGGUCAGGAUGGUCCCUCCACUAGUGCAGCUAACAUGGUUGAGCAGGCCCCCAGCAGGCCACGGACGCGCUUACAAGCUGCUAAAACUCAAAAACCUAAGUCAGGUCCAUUGAAAGGCAAGGCACCAGCUAAAAAACCUAGGUCGAGCGCACAAAAGGCCAGGCCGGCGGUGGCCUCUACAUCAGCCCCGCGCCAGGAGGUGAUUGAUGUUCCCAGUGUUUUCCAGGAUAACCCUAGACAACCAAGCACCUCGGAGGAGUCAUCUUCUGAGGAGGAGCUGCCCCCUCAGCAGGUGGCCGCUGCCAGCGACCCGGCCCCCCGUGACGACGCACCACGGGGCGGAAAGCGGAAGGCGAAGAAGAAGCACCGGUCGAAGAAAAGCAAGAAGAGGGACACUUCGGACUCUGAGGAGGAAACAGGUACCUCUUCAUCAGAUGGGGAUAGUGACACUCCAAUGGAGACAUAUUGGGGGGAGGGGGAGGACGUUGGAGCCCCCCAGUGGGUGCAUGAACGGAGGGCCAACUCACACAGGAAGGCAUUUAAUGGCACGCUUGAUUGGAAGGAUGGGGCUCUGGUCCCAGACGUUAAAGUCUCAACCAACGCUGCCACUGACUUUAUUCUGGGGAACCACCUCUCUAAGAGGAAGAGGAACAAGAUAUUGAAUGGCAAUUACGUAGAUAUGUUUUCCUUGCUGCCCCCAGCUCAGGUCAAGGGAAAAGGGGAAAAAUUAAGUACUAUGGGAAAAGGAGGUACAGGGUACCCGGGUCGAGCGAACGUUUGA